CGAACUGAGUGAACAUGGCGCAGCUUUUGCCCAUUCGCUUUCAAGAACACCUCCAGGUAAAUAGGACAGUUAGCUUCCCUCUAGCUCUUUCGUUCUUUCAAGCGCAUGUUUCCGACACGAUAUGUGUAGUGAACUAGACCGGUCAGAAAAGCUACUGUAGUUAAAUAACGACUUAAGUCGUUUUUACGGAUAAUUUGAGGGUGUGAUUGAUCGUCAGCAACUGAUUGCUGUAGUUUUUAAGUCCAGAAUUCGUUGAAAUAGCUUUCGUGUUGUAAACCGGAGGUCAAAUCGAAGAGGGUCACUUUUAUAUUUUAAGUCUCUUUUACUUUGUACUAAAAGAGAUUUUUCUUACGGGGUGAAUUUAUUUUAUCAGAAAAUUGGAUUUCUUUCCUUUUGAGUGUGUAUUUUGGCGUGAAAGAUUAUCUCAAUAUUUUGAUCAUUGAACAUAGAUGAUGUCGGCAAAUGAUCUUUCAAAACGGCGAAGCUGAAGCGAAGUUUACACCCGUGACGGUUUGAGUUCUCCUAAAAAAAAUAUGCAUCGUUCGUUUGAAAAAUCUUUUUCUAGAAGCAUAAAAAAGAAAAGACAAGGUGGACCAAUAUCUGCAACUUUCAAUAUUUCUCUAAUUUACAAGUGAGACAAGUUUAGUACGUGACGUAAACUUUACUUUGUUGCAUGUCAUGUUGUAGAAUACAGUGCAGUUCCGAGCUGUCAAAUUUAGGUCCCAGUUGGGAUAAAAGAAACCUAGCUUCACUUGCACAACAGUAAAAAGCAAAUAAUAAGAUCACUUUUUAUCUCGUCAUCUGCAGAUCGAGACUUGCUUUGCUCCAAAAUUGGUUAAAAUGCUUUAAGAACAACUAUUAUUAUAUAACCAUUUAUGAUAGUAACAGUUUCCUCUACAUAUUUGAUAGAGUGAGGAUGGCUACAUACUACUUGUGGUGUAACAGUACAGUUCUUAAGCUUUGAGCUUCUAGCAAUAAAAGUGUUUUGUACCUUCUUUAAGUUAAUUUUGAAAUCUUGCAUCCUUCAUUAGUGCAUGUCUUGUGAGACAUGCAAUUUUGUAUUGUUCAAAAUUAGUUUGUGCCUGGAGUCACCCUUGUAGCAACCCUCAUGUGUUGGUUCGGUUACUUCAUGAGUGUACUUCUGCUUAAAAUACUUUUUCUUUAUAAGAUGAGGAAAAAAAUGAUACAUGAUCCAAGACUCGUAAAUGGUCAUCUAUACACUUGUGUUUGAGGUCACUGUGCAGAUCUUUUGACUGCACAUUGAUUAAAGUAGGUGGAUUCCAGACAAAAGCUCUUGUAUGAAAAGCAGUUUAGAAAUACUAGGGUAUUUCCUGUUUCAGUUCAGUUUCAGUUUAUUGUUUUGCCGUAAGUUGUACAAAAGCAAGAAAAUCUAAUUAUUUCAAAUGCAAUGGUGAGGAAGCCCAAGGGAAGCCAUCAGGCUUUGAAGGAAUGGGCUCCCUCAGCUAAAUUAUGGAACAAAUAUCACAUGAUAUGAAAACUAGUGGCAGGGUGUUUUGUAAUGUAGGGUCUACAUGUCACAGUAGUAAUAAAAAUUAGUGGUGGCUACUGCUUUAUUUUUGUAUAAUAUUGCAGUAAAAAAGCAAAUCUUAGACAAAGUAAUGAAAUAGUUAAAUUGGAAAAUAAUCUUAGUCAGGGCUCGAACCCAGAUCGUUUGCAGGGAACAGUAAAAACUAACCACAAAGGCCAUGUAAACUUACACUUACCAAGAGGUUGAAACUAUUUUAUUGAAGGUGUUUUCUUGGGCAAAUAAGCAACGUUUUUGUCACAUUUGAAGACCACAUCGCUGACACAAAUAGCAAAACUCGUGUGUGAAGUGUGAUGCUAUACAAAAUAACAUCUGCUUACACCGAUUUUGCUCUUUAAUAUUUUGAAGCUGAUGGUCCAAAUUGCUUCAAAUUUCUCCAUUAACUAUUUCUGUCAUAGAAAUUCAUUACUCAAAGCAUUUUUCGACUUCUAAAGCUUUCACAAUAUUUGGUACCCUGUGGUAGUUUAUGUAGUAGUCAGAAAAAUUAAUGAUAGCAACUAAGAUUUCACCUAAAUUUUGUCACACCAGAAGGAAGUAGUAUAUAAUAAAUAACAACUGCUCAAUUGUGACCUCUUGGUGUAGUCAUCACAGUUAUUUUACUGUUUGUCUAAUAAAAGAAACUGAUAUACACCGUAUCAGCUUUUACUUUUCUUGAAAACUCAAGUUAUAAAAUUUUACUAAUCAUAUAUAGUAUUUAUAAUCUUGUCAUUUAUUUUCAGCUUCAAAAUGUUGGUAUCAAUGCUGCUAACAUCGGCUUCUCUACUCUCACGAUGGAGUCAGACAAAUUUAUUUGUGUCCGAGAGAAGGUGGGAGAGACAGCUCAAGUGGUAAUUAUUGAUCUGGCAGACGCCAAUAAUCCAACAAGAAGACCAAUUUCUGCUGACUCUGCAAUAAUGAACCCCAAAUCAAAGGUUAUUGCACUUAAAGGUUGGUGUCUCACAUUGUGUAAAAAACUGAAAAUUGUGUUCUAAGAUGAAUGAUAGGGAGCCCUAAAGCUGCAAGAUUUCCAAGUUGCCCAGUAUUAGAGCUUUGUGCUAGGACUGAGGUUUUCAUGUCUGUCGCCUAAAGGUAAAGGGAGCCAACAAAUGCCACUAGGUGCUGCAAGAGCACAUCCCUGAGAUUGAAGUCUUUUUAGAGUCUUUUGGAUUUUUUUUGGUAUAUUCAUGGUGUUAAAUAAUAAUAAAUUAAUCAAUGACUUUUAAAAGUUCUCUUGCUCACACCUUUAAAAUCACAAGCUUUCAAGUGGCUAAUCUACAGUCUUAAUGGGCAAAUAUAUUUUUACAUGUACCUUUUUUCUAGACAGUCUUUGUGUGUUAUUUUUCAAAGCUUUGUCCAUAAAUAAUGUUUUAUCUUCUCUUAUAUGACAGCUGGAAGAACGCUCCAAAUCUUCAACAUUGAAAUGAAAAGCAAGAUGAAGGCACACACCAUGGUUGAAGAUGUUACUUUCUGGAAAUGGAUCAAUGUCAAUACUCUUGCACUUGUCACAGAAACCACAGUUUAUCACUGGUCUAUGGAAGGUAUUUAGAAUUUGCUCAUGCUCAUUAUAUUGAUUUGUCAUAGGCACAGCUGUGGAUGGGAGAGUCAUUGUUCACCCUGUUAGGUACAAUUAUUUUAUCCUCACUAGUAUUAACUAAAUAAGCUCUUUGUACUUGACUUUUGUAGGGCCGGUCUGAGUAAUACAGUUUAUUUUAUAAGGACUGUUGAAGGAGCUCUUUACAGGGUUUACAUACAUACCCUGUGUCACAGAUGUAAUCUAACUUGUGCUGUAGUUUCUGUAAAGUAGUGCUUAAGAUCUUGUUCUUGGCCCCCAACAGACUAAAAGAUUAUGGGAAAUGUGUUUUGAAUUUUCCUUCAACCUGAUUGAAAAAUUGACAGUGACUUUAAAUGUGGCUAAAUUUAAUUUAGGCGAGGUUUAACAUGAGGCAAUGCUGGCCAGCGGUCUCCACCACUAAUCAAUUGUAUGUGGGGCCUUAGGGAUUUUACAGUGCUGUGGCAGGAGUCAAGCAUUUUGCUCAUGUUGGUUUUGUGUGCGGUAGUUAUAGUUGUUUUUUUUUGCCCUCAACCUUCCCUCAUCUCUGGAUGCUCUUUUUGGUAAGUGCAGGGUUGUCAGAAAGUUUUGAAUUAGACGGCUGAGUUGUCGAACUAAGCGGUGUUUUUUAUGUAAAAAACACCAUCUGUAAAGAAAUGCCAAGCAAAGUAGCCGGACGAUACUAACCAAGUAGGUGGUGAUUUUCGCCGGCAGCCGGCUACUUUUGACACCCCUGAAGUAUCUGCACCUUUUUCCGCUGAGGUUCUCAGUGUGAUGGUGCCUGGUGGGUGCAAUGGUUACCUUCUAGGCCCACUUGUAGCCCCCUUCUGUUUCAUCAGGCACCUUCUCCAAACCUAUCUAUUGUUGAUGGGUUUAAUAGGCCAAUCAUGGAGUGCAAUACUAGUACACAGACAUGAGUGGGGCACAGAACAAGGAUUUUGGCACUGGUUUGCAGACAGAUUUUACCAGUGGUUUAGUUUUGUUUUUGGCAUGGGCUAAGUUCUGAGGGUUUGGUAUAGCUCAGCAAGAGAUAAAUUUUCAUUAACUUGUUCCUCUUUUUUUUCCAUCCAUCAUAGGUGAUUCCCAACCAUUCAAGAUGUUUGAUCGACAUUCAAGUCUCGCAGGGUGUCAGAUAAUAAAUUACAGAACUAACAAAGAUGCCACCUGGCUGCUUCUGAUUGGCAUUUCAGCUCAGGUACAAGAAGAACUUUGUGUUAAUUCGAACUGAUAAUCCACAGCUAUUCAAAGUGAUUAAUCAUCUGAGUAGUUUAGUCUUAAAUAAAAUAGGAAGGUAUUAGGAACAUUCCAGAAGCCAGUGGAGUUUGCAUAAUACACGAGUAAUGCAUUUAUGCCUUUAAGUUAUUGUUAAAAUCCUAGCAGCACUGGAGUAGCCAAUUAGAAACAGAUGCAGAUAUCCAUGCAAACUUGCACAAUAUCAGAGCAAACUUUAGGAGUUGUUAUUUUAUAAGCAGACCAUACUGACAUUUUAGACUGUCUGUAUCACAGGCCAGGCAUCUGUUUAAUGUAUUCCAAGUCUUUAUUGUUCUCUUUGAUGUGAUUUUACUAAUUAAGGUUGUUACAAGCUCGGAUAUACGGUGGAACCUGGUUAAUACAGACACAGGUGGGACAUGCCAUAGUGUCCGUAUUAAGGGGGUUAAUUUUAGAGAAAAUAUAAGAGCUUUUUUUCAUUGGGAGAAAUGAAACUGUCCGCUUUAUACGGGUGUCUGUAGGGCAGGGUUCCACUGUAGUCAAAUUUUUAGCAUACAUUGUGGCAUAUCUGUGAUCUUUCUUUGUUACAGCAAAACAGAGUUGUAGGGGCAAUGCAGCUGUAUUCAACGGAACGCAAAGUCAGUCAGCCAAUUGAGGGACAUGCUGCUGCGUUUAUGCAGUUCAAAGUGGAAGGCAAUGCACAAGAAUCUACUCUGUUUAGCUUUGCUGUCAGAGGAGCUCAAGGUGGCAAGGUGAUAGAACUGUCUGCAUGUUGCCUGCGUGCAGACGUCUCCUAUUUCCUUUGUUGCACGCGGAAAAGGGACGUCUGCGUAAUGCCGUCGUUAAUCAUGUUCCAGUGUCCUGCUGGGUUCCCAUGAUCUUGGGAACACGCUGUGAUAGGCUGACACACAGUGCGCAUUGUUUGACUUAACGCUGAUUGGUUGUUAUCGAAUGUGGUCUGAAAAUGUAUGCGGUGAUUUAAAUGAUUUAUGUAAGCGGGGUUUUCUAACCAAAACAAAUCAAAACAUGUGUGAUUGUGUGCUGUGUUUUUCGUCGAUCGAAAAGCAGAGCGAUCGAAAUCUUGUGCGGGGACGCGGAAAAUUUAACGUGUACGAGGAAAUUAUUUCUUUACAAUUUACUGUGCAUGACACAUCACAUCAUAUUUGUAAACAGUGUCUGAGAAAACUACAAAAGCGGCGUGGACUUCGCACCAGGCAGGCAUUUCGGAGAAAGCCAGCCAAAGAAACUAAAAUCUUUAUUUAGCCGUAACAAACAGAGGUCAAGAAAAUUUAAACACUUUACAACUGUAUCUGAAAUCAAAUCCUAUCGGGAACACCCACAGAAGCAUAAACCACAGGAAAUGAUUACUCAGUAUGCAUGUAACAAACCUGCUUUAUGACCUCUAAAUGUGAGCCUUAGCACGGCAAAAAUGAGAUUUACUCAGUCAAAGGUUAGAAUGCUACAUGCACUGUGUAGUGCUAGUAAUCUUUGCGCGAGAGAGAAAAGAAGAAAAACCUCUGUUCAAGCAGACUCUCAAGGUCACGUUUCGCCCGUAUCACGAGCUUUGGCCUGUCAACUCUUAUUUCUAACCGGAUAUUAUUUCACAAUUUAUGCGAAAUAGAAUACCCUGCCAGCGGGACACUGGAACACGAUUAGCGACGGCGUUACGCAGACAUCCCUUUUCCGCGUGCAACAAAGGAAAUAGGAGACGUCUGCACGCAGGCAAUCUGCAUGUACAUUUGUACUACACUGUGAUAAUUAUAUUAUCCAAGCAUCUGUAGCCCUUAUGAGGAAUAUUAUCUUAUCACCAUCUUUCGAUUGAUGGCACAUCUUGUGUAUGAAACUAUUCUUUUCUGAAGGGCCUUCACUUGGUUUUGUUAUGUUAUUGUCAAGUAGUUGUACCUGAAGCUUCUUUUCUUAAUUUUCUAAAACAUGCUCUUGUUUAUUUACAGUUGCAUGUCAUAGAGGUCGGCACCCCUCCUGCAGGCAAUCAGCCAUUUCCAAAAAAGGCAGUGGAAGUUCUCUUUCCUCCAGAAGCUCAAAAUGACUUUCCAGUUGCAAUGCAGGUAGGAUUUACAUCAUUAGUUAUUGACCUUUUUAACCUCUUUUAUCUGCAUGAAUAUUCUUCAUAUUGUUCUCCUAAUAUUGUUAAUGGUACAGUAAGGAGAAUUUGUUCAAGGAACAGAUUAAAUUUAGUCAGACCUCUGUACAAUACAGGCCACAGAAAAAGCAGCAUUACGUCCAUAUUCCAUGCAUGUAAAUCUGCCUUAUUUCACAAAACUUGUAGAAAAAAGUCUGCUAAAAUACAUGAGAAAAUACACGCAAAUUAUCGUAAACUGUGUAUAAAAUCUUACAUGCAGAGCUCAUAGUCUUAGUUUAUUUGAUAAAUUUCAUUGUUAGGUGAAAUGUGUGAAGUGAUGCACAACAAUCUCUUGUCCUCAAACCAUAACUCAAACAUCAUUUUGGAAAAGGAAAUGACUGUAUAUCAAUUAUUACAAUGUAACUAGUAAUAAAAAAUUUGUUACUCCAACAUUGUUUUGUCAAUGUAGUAGGGGAUAUACAGAGUGCUUUCUUGCUCAACUGAACCAGUGCUUAUCUUUUAAAAAAUGUGUGUGGCUUUUUAGGUCAGUCAGAAACAUGGCAUAAUCUUCCUUAUUACCAAAUAUGGAUACAUUCAUUUGUAUGACGUGGAAAGUGGGUCUUGCAUUUACAUGAACCGAAUCAGUGGUGAUACUAUCUUUGUAACAGCACCACAUGAGCCUACAGAGGGUAUAAUUGGUGUGAACAGAAAAGGACAGGUAUGCUACACAACAUUUAUACUUUUCAAAAUAUUAAUGUUGCAGAUGUCUUGUGGUAAACAAUUUAUUGCGUUUGUAAACAAAAAUAUGUCAAUACACCUGAGUAAGGUACCUCUCUUUAUGUUCAAUAAACACUAAAUGCAUUGUUUUAAGUGGAAGUGCACUUAGUUUUGUGUGCAAACUCUUUUGCUUCCAAAUGUGGCCAAAGCCAAAAUUUUAUUUUGCAACUUGAUAAAUAGCAAAAAAAAGCCAUGUGAAAGUAUUGGCAAAGAGGUUUUAUUUGGUUGGCCACACAAUAAAAGGCUAUGCUCUAGCAGUGCCCAGUCACCCCCUAGCACCUAACUUUUAUUCCUGUGUGACUGGAAAAUCUUAGUUUUUUCAUAGAAGCUCACAUGCGGGGCACCCUGGAUUUCACAGGUUCAUAGCACUGGGCUCCUCCUUUCAGUAUUUUGUAGAGCACAGUCUUGUAAAUUCACCCACUGACUUGUAUACAAAGUCAGUCAGCUAAUUUAGGGACUGGGUGGUUAGAACCACCUUACAAGAUUCCAUCAUUCACUCUUGGAGUUCAAGUAUUUAGGAAAAAAAAAUUUUGAGUGAAAAUAGCCUCUAAAAAAAGUUGUACAUGUAUAUAGUUUUCUAUCUUGAAGGUUUUCAAGUGACAAGACUUUGUCUUUGUAGGUAUUAUCUGUGAGUGUUGAGGAAGACAACAUUAUUCCAUACAUCACCAAUGUACUCCAGAAUCCUGAUUUAGCCCUUCGCCUGGCCGUGAGAAACAACCUGGCUGGAGCUGAGGAGCUGUUUGUUAGAAAGUUCAACACUUUGUUCAACAAUAUGCAGUACUCAGAGGCAGCAAUAGUUGCUGCAAAUGCUCCAAAGGUAAGCAAUAAUGGAUGCAUCUUAAUAUGUCGAACAUGUUUUCGUACUAAAGUGUCCAUAGGUUAAGUCAACAAACCUUGUACAUGUGUAAUUUACAGAGGUAAAUUGUUUUCAGACUUUAAACAAUAGUUACACUUGUAAUGGAUUGCUACAAAUUGGAUAUGAGUUCAAAUUGUGCUGGAUCCAAAAUGUUUUCUUGGAUUUCUGGUACACAAUACAUCCGUUUCUUUUGCUUAUGGACCUUGCAGUUUAGAAGAUAUUACAUAAAUCUAGAAAAGGCACCCCACACCUUAUUCUUAAAUCAUUUCUUUUUUUCCCCAAUCCCCUUUAUUACUGCCAUAAAAUGUUUUAAAUGAUUCUUUCUUAUUGGUAUUUGCUGUGCACAACUAAUGAGUAAUGAUCAUUGCUUUGUUUUCAUAGGGUGUCCUGCGAACACCGCAAACCAUCCAGCGAUUUCAGCAGGUGCCAUCCCAACAGGGCCAAACUUCUCCUUUGUUGCAGUAUUUUGGUAUUUUGUUAGACCAGGGUAAACUCAACAAGUUUGAGUCUUUGGAGCUCUGCAAACCUGUUCUACAACAAGGAAGGAAACAGCUUCUUGAGAAAUGGCUAAAGGAAGAGAAGGUAGAUUGCUGCUGGUCAAUUUGUUUUAUUAUUAUUAUUUUCAUUAUUUAUUAUUAUUAUUUUUAUUUUAUUUUAUUUUUUGUCAUUUUGCCUCUUUGUGCUCCUUUCAUAUUGGUAACUGCAGGAUUUACAGUUGAUUUCUGUGCCUUAAAGUGGGCUUUAUCACAAUGUUUUGGUUAUUGCUUUAAACUGCAAGAACAUGUUAAAUGAAAGAAACUUCAAACUGAAAUACAGUUAUGUCCUACUUUUUCAAGUUCAAUUUUCAGUGUUUUUGAAAACAAAAGCACCAAAAACUCCUUCUUCCCUAUUUUCCUUUGGAGAGAAACAGUUGAGAAAUGUGAUGAAGGAUAUAAAGUUGGAAUUUCAGUGAGUUGUGACUGAAAACUUAAACCUAACCAUGACGUAGCAUAUAGCAUGUGGCAGCCAGUGGGUAGAAUACAGUGAUCAACUAAUUGUAACCCUGAAAAUAAAGUAAAAUAAAAAAGGAGCAACAGAAGUUUUACAUGUUUUGAAACAGUGAUUUAUGUGAAAAGGAACUCAAUGGGGAAGAAUUUUUAAGAAGUAAAUAGCAGAUUUUGAGUGCAAGUCGCAACCUGCAAAGCUUAUUAAAUUUACUGUGUACAUACGUGUACAAGCCUCUGUGAUGAAUAUCUCUAUCACCAUCUUUCGAUUGAUGGCUUUAAAGUCUGUGAAACAACUGCAUUUUUCCUGAGAGGCGCACAUUUUCUGUUUGGGAUUUGUUUCACUCACUUCUGUUCUUCUGUUGUUUUUUUUAUAAUUUCUGAAUUGAUUCAUUUCUUCUCCCUACAGCUGGAAUGCAGUGAAGAACUGGGUGAUCUGGUGAAGCAAGUUGAUCCUACUCUUGCUCUUUCAGUGUAUCUCCGAGCAAAUGUACCAAGCAAGGUAAAUUAAGUCUAUUCUUUUGCUAGUCUUGUCAAAUGUACCUCUGUCUCAGCAUCUUCUGUAGUCCUGUCAAAACAAAACGUUAUGAAAGUAGCUGUAAAUUCCUGUUGGGUUGGUUGUUUACUUCACAUUAAAACUCAGAAGGAAUUGUAAAGCCAGGGUGUCUUAGAAAAGGGGGUGAUUGAAGAUGCAAAAACUCUGCUUUUAGGAUUGAGUAGAGUUUUCAGGUGUUAAGUGAUUGUCAACUUACAUUUUCCGGGACUGUAUUCUUGUCUUUGUCCAGGUGAUUCAGUGUUUUGCUGAAACAGGCCAGUUCCAAAAGAUUGUGUUAUAUGCAAAGAAGGUUGGCUACACACCUGACUAUAUCUUCCUUCUGCGGAACUUAAUGAGGGUCAACCCAGAGACUGGCGGUCAGUUUGCCACAAUGCUGGUACAAGAUGAAGGAGAGCCACUUGCAGACCUUAGUCAGGUAACUAGAACUUUGUUAAAAAGGAAAAUGAAAGAAAAGAAAGAAAGUAUUAGCCAUAUUCAACAAAAAUUGUAGUUUUUGUUGUUCCAGUGCUUUCAAUAAACUCUGAAAAUCAAUUGCUACUUCACUCAGAGAAGUCAGCUACUUUUUCUGUAAACUGAAGUAAUUGUUUUUGUAUGCAAAAUUUUUUAUACAAGAGAAAGUUUCAUUGACCUAAGUGCUUGUAUCAAAAGACUAUGUCCGUGUGAAAAUUUCAGAUUGUAGAUGUGUUCAUGGAGACCAACCAAGUUCAGGCCUGUACAUCAUUCCUCCUUGAUGCUCUUAAAAACAACCGUCCCACUGAAAGCCAUUUGCAGACAAGGCUGCUAGAGAUGAACCUACUUACUGCACCUCAGGUUAGUUCUUGCAGGACUCAUUAAUCAUUUCAAACAAGAGUGAUCAGAAUGAAAUUUCUCCUAUAAUAUCGGUUCUCUAUAAAACUGAGUGGUAAUAAGAAUAAAGGACAUGAUCAGACAUUAACAUUUAUAUUUACCGUGCACAGCCAACCCCUCACAUUUGAGGAUUAUUGGCUGGGUUGGUCAGCAAAACAAAAGCAAAACAAAAAAAAGUUACUGUAAUAGGCUUAAUAAACAGGUAGAUGAUUUAGGCAGCUUACAUGGGCUUUGAAAGUAUCUAAAGAGCAGUGUUCGCUGAAGACAGAAGGAGGCAAAUUGUUCCAUUGAAUAAUUGUUCUUGAGAAAAAGGAUACAUACUCAGAGGACAGGCUAGUUUGAAGCAGGAGGAGUCCCCUGAUGAUCUUGAAGAGGGCCAUAAGCCGACUGUCAAUCUGACGUUGCUCUAGGGUACACCAUCCCAGGUCAAAGCAAAGCUUUUUGGACUUAAACAACCUUUCCCAACUGCUUCUUUCGAAAAUGUUUACAGCCAACAAUUAGAAUAGAAAUUUGGAUGUUAGAGUUUAAAGGGCUAAUAACUGUGCCAAUUUUUGACUAAUUCUGUAUGAAGUUUGAUCAGUCUGUAUGUUAUUAAAAAGAUCACAAUGGUAUAAUUAGCAAUCAUUGAGGUGAAGAUUUACAAUUUAUAACUAGUCGAAUAUAUGCUUGUUCAAACAGGUUGCAGAUGCCAUCCUCGGAAACCAGAUGUUUACUCAUUAUGAUAGAGCACACAUUGCCCAGCUCUGUGAAAAUGCAGGACUCUUGCAAAGGGUGAGUGAGCUUUCAUACUUCCUCACAUGUCUUUUAUUAAAGCCAAAGAAAAAAAGGCCUUUAUAGGACAUUUUCCCUUAAUAAGGAACCUUGGAUUGUGAGUUAAACUAUUAAAAGAAACAUUUCUUUGUUUGUUGUCUUUAUAGGCCCUGGAGCACUACACAGACAUCUUUGACAUCAAGAGAGCCAUUGUCCACACUCACCUGCUCAAUCCUGAGGUAAUACAUUUGUUUCUAUCAAUGUUGCUUUCUUUUUUCUUAUAUAGUUUCCACCUGUAAAAGGAAUUUCUAAAAUUAAUAGAGAAUAUACAUUUAAUCCUGCAGUGGCUCGUAAACUACUUUGGAUCUCUGUCCGUGGAGGAUUCCUUGGAAUGCUUGCGUGCCAUGCUCACUCACAACAUUCGGCAGAAUUUGCAGAUCUGUGUCCAAGUGGCCACCAAGUAUCACGAACAACUCACCACUGCUGCUCUGAUUGAGCUUUUUGAGUCAUUCAAGAGUUUUGAAGGUAAAUGUCUUGAAACUUAAAAUAUUCUUCUGGAAUGAUCAUUAUGAUCACUUGUCUUGUAGAUUACUGAAAUUUAUGUGAACCUUGCUUGCCUGGGCGUCCCAGCUAAAAUGCAUGGGAGGGCUCCCUGAAAAUUUUCCUUAGAGCACAGCCUUGGGCCCUGCAGUUAUGGGAAGUCCGAUACAUUACAUUGUUGAAUGUGGAAGUGCAUUUAUUGAGGAUAUUAGUAAAGCUGGAAUGCAAAUGUUAGUGAACCACCCUAUACUCUUAACAUAUAUAGUGGUAACAUUGAUGUAAGUUUUGUUUUGAUUAGUAAAGGAACCCUUGUGUGUAACUCAUCUUUUAGUUUAUUUAACAGAAACCCUCCAUCUCUCCUACACACAUUUUUUGUUGAUACACUGCUCAACUUUCCAAUGCCAUUCAACAUAAUUCUUACUUACACCAACACAUCCCGCGUAAAUGCCUUCAGGCGUUGUCUUGUUAAUUUUAAACUUGAAAAUGGAUUUUUCAAAUACAAUUGAUUGCAUCAUUAAGAAUAGUGAAAAAAAUUCUAAACUUCAGAUCUGUAGCUAUUCAAUCCAAAAGUUGUCACUUUGUUGUGUGUUUUUAGGACUGUUCUAUUUCCUGGGAUCUAUUGUAAACUUCAGCCAGGAAGCAGAUGUGCAUUUCAAGUACAUUCAGGUAAAGUCAAUGAAGCACUAAGUGUCUACUCUAAUGCGAUAGUGUUUACCUCAUACCUUUUUCUGUAUUUUUUUUCUUCAGGCUGCUUGUAAAACUGGCCAAGUUAAGGAGGUGGAACGUAUUUGCAGAGAAAGUAACUGUUAUAAUGCAGAAAAAGUAAAAAACUUCCUCAAGGUAACUUGUUGUUAAUUCUAGAUUUAUUGUAAAUUUUGUUAAUGCCAAGUUACGUCAUUUGGUCUGGUUUUCUAUCUGUUAUUUAUUUUUUGUCUAUCUUUCUUUCAGGAAGCUAAGCUGACUGACCAACUUCCCCUGAUCAUUGUCUGUGACAGAUUCGAUUUUGUGCAUGACUUGGUGUUGUAUCUAUAUCGAAACAACCUUCAAAAGUACAUUGAGAUCUAUGUACAAAAGGUAAGGUUGUGGGAAGUCAAGGUCAUGUUAUAAAGCUGGUCCAUUAACGGCACCCAAACCCACACAGGGUUGUCACUAAGAUUUCAAGUUGCUGGGUAAAUACAACAAGUAGGCGAGCAAUCAAACAGCUAGGGAUUUCUUUUAGUUCUAUUUUUCUUCUAUUUUCCAAUAAAAGUAGCCAGGGGCCACACUCAUAGUAGCCAGGGAAUAUCCCUGGCCCCUGGCUCUCAAUGACAACCCUGCCUACAUCGUAUCUUCUGGUCCUUAAUGUUGUAAGAGUUUGAUAGUAAUCCAUCAUUUUUCAAUUGAAAGUAGGUGGCCUUUGGUAAUCUAAACCUUUCCUUGCCUUUGCCUCUUAGCGCCUCUUUCUUUGCUAGUUUCUUCGUUUGUUUGCUGUGUAAUUUUACUCUGAAAUGAUCUUGCUUGUGUUUGUUUUUUUCCAGGUGAAUCCAUCUCGUCUCCCCAUAGUGGUUGGAGGCUUACUGGACGUUGAUUGCUCAGAGGAUAUCAUUAAAAGUCUUAUGAUGGCUGUGCGUGGUCAGUUUUCUACUGAUGAGCUGGUUGAAGAAGUGGAAAAAAGAAACCGACUCAAACUGCUACUCCCCUGGCUGGAGGCCAAGAUUCAUGAUGGUUCCGAAGAACCUGCGACUCAUAAUGCUCUGGCUAAGAUUUAUAUUGAUGCCAAUAACAAUCCAGAGCGAUUCCUUAGGUUAGUGAAGUGUCUCUUGACAGUUAGGUAUUCUUUUAAUCUGUAGUCUACAGUUCCUUGCAAAGGUAAAGAUUAGUUGGAUUGUUAACAGAGGAUGCUAAUUAACGAUCUAUUCAGGCAAAUUUAUAGCAGCUAGUAAGACUGUGACAUACACAGAAAUGUCAGCAAAUGACUCAAUUGGUCACAAAUUUAUCAAUUUCUCAGGGGUUACUGCACCAUUAGGGAACAACCCUGUCAAAUGUAAAUGUGCACGUCAUGUAGUAGGCAGUAUAUAUGUUGCAGCACAAAGAGAAAAUUCCCACCAUCUCCACCCCCUGUUAGGAGUGUGUACAGUUAAGGAAAUGGCAGAAAGAAAGCUUGUGGCAUGGACAAUGAGCAUGAAGGAAGCUAAACAUGCCACUGAAACAUGUGGACGAUGUAGCGAACUACCAAGUAUGUGCCUGCAAAACGACCACAGAUCUCUGGCACUGUGGAUGCUCUUUGUUGUUAACUCCUUUAAACUUCAUUUAAAUGCAUGUCAAUUAACUUUAUACGAGCAAUCGAACAAAAUUACUGGCCAAGAGCACGUGUAGAGGGCUGACAGUGCUUAACCUGUGGCAAGAGUGUUCAAUUAACCAGUUGUGAUUUAUUUACAACUUGAAAUAAAAUUUUUAUUUCAGGGAAAAUCCUUAUUAUGACAGCAAAGUUGUCGGAAAAUAUUGUGAAAAGAGAGAUCCGCACUUGGCUUGCAUAGCAUAUGAAAGAGGGCAGUGUGAUGCAGAGCUCAUAAAGGUACAAAUUUUCUGUACAAAUCCCAGUUUAGAAGUAGUCAGAUCAUUAUUUUUCACUCUCAGUUUUCGGCUCACUACUUUAAUGUAAACAUUUAAAAAGUUUGUUUUAUUUAUGGGCUGUUUACUUGACACCAGAAUGCCUUCAAUUCUGGAACGAGUUCUUUCCAUCUUCGUAUUUAUAAUAUUUCUCUGCAUUUGUUUAAAUUAUGCUCAAACAAGAGUUCAUCCACAUUCCUGAAUGAGUAUAUUCGGGAACUUCUUUCUAGAAUAAAACCUAUUCAGGAAUGAAAGUCAUUUCAGUAUCAUGUAAAAAUCUCUCUAACAGACACUCUUCUAAAGGGACAGUUCUACUUGCAGCUGCAUUGAUAGAGACACCGCCAGUUGUACAGUCGCUAUUUUACUUCCAGAGGGUGUCCACUCGUGACAGCUUUAACUAUGGCCACACAGUCACACUCAAACUUAAACAUUUAUUCUGUACAAGAAUUCUUCUUGUAAAAAUCAAUCUAUAGCCUGUAACUUAGAAUUAGUCCAGGCAUAUUGAGAGAAGUGAAUUGAAUUAAAUAUUUAUAGGUCUGACAGGUUUAAUGUAAAGUACCUGCAGAAAUUUUUAUGUAUAAUGGUUUCACCUUUCUUUUUUAAGGUCUGUAAUGAAAACUCAUUGUUCAAAAGCCUAGCAAGAUAUCUGGUGCGGAGAAGAGACCCAGAUCUUUGGGCAGAAGUGUUGCAGGAGACCAACCAGUUCCGUCGACAACUUAUUGAUCAGGUAAAUCAAGCUAAAUUACAGUGCUUGUGUACAUCAACUGCCGCUGAGAAAAGUCACUGAUUAAAAUAAUGCAUUCACAUUCACCCCCUUUAUUCUUAAUUGCUCAGUUAGUCAAGUGUAGGCACAUUUCCUUGGAGUUGAAUUCUUAAAGCAUGCAUCCAUUUUUUAAGAGACAAGAAAAUUCAUUGUACUUUGUCAAUUCUUCACAACAUGUCACAUUAGAAAAGUUACUUUGCAGUUGUGCAUUGGAUGAAAUAGAAAUAUUCCAAAAGGUGUGAUGCAUGUCCAUAGCUUUUGUUUUGCUUAUUAGAGUUUGUUUUUUCUUUUCAUUUUGGUUGCCAUUAUCUUUGCUGUGUUAAUGGCAUUAUUAAAGGUGUGUCUGUAUUGCAGUCAGCUUAGAUCAAAGAAGUCAAUGAGAUUGUUAUUUAUAGUCAUUAAAGCACCCCUCUUUGUGGUUCAUAAAUUUUUUAGGCUCAAAUUUAAAAGCAGUGAAGCACAUGUUGUUAUCCUUAAACUACUGCUUUAACUGCUUAUCACCAUAGGUUGUGCAUCCUUGACUGCACAGCAGAAAUAGUUUCUGCCAAUAUUCCAACUUCUCUCAGGGAAAUGUUGAAAACAUCCCAUAUGUCCCUUUCCCACUGCCUUCUCGUCUUCCUCUUCCUUUUUCCCAUCUGUCUUUCCCUUCAACAUGAUCUGUCCCAGGCCCUCCCUUUUUUUCAAAUGGACAAAAAUACUUCAGCUUAAACCACAUUGUUUUUAUUCUAAGGUUGUACAAACAGCACUGUCUGAGACUCAGGAUCCUGAAGAUGUAUCUUGCACAGUCAAAGCGUUCAUGACAGCUGAUCUUCCUAAUGAACUCAUUGAACUUCUGGAGAAGAUUGUCCUUGAAAAUUCUGUCUUCAGUGACCACAGGUAUGGAGGGACUACUAAAAGUAUUAGAGAGAUUAAGGAGUCAUUAAUAGAAAAGAAAAUAAGCAGUUGAAAACUGUCCAGAACAAUUCUUACGAAUAAAACUGGCGCGAAACUACUUCUUUGUCACAUGGUACAAAUUCACGUUUACUGUUAAGCAUAAACGUGACUCUUAAUCCCUCUAUUCAUUGAAUGAGCACAGAAGUACUUAUCUCAUUGCUCAUCGUUUAUGUGUAGUGUAUAAUAAAGGACAGCAAAUCUUCCCUUAGAUUUCAUUUUUCCAAAGAAAGAAAAGAGGAAAUUAUGAUUCUUGGACGUAUACUCUUUAAUAGUGGCCAGUCUUGAACCCAAGUGCUUUGUUAAAACAUUGUGAUCUUUACUUGCUAAAAAAAAAUAUGUGAAGAAAUAUUAUUUUAUUCCUCAUCUAAAUUGAGUGGCAUAUUUACUUUACCUUACACAAUUAUUUUUGCUUAUCUUCCAGAAACCUGCAAAACUUGCUGAUCUUAACAGCUAUCAAGGCUGAUCGGACACGUGUUAUGGAAUACAUCACUCGCUUGGACAACUAUGAUGCCCCUGACAUUGCCAGCAUUGCUAUUGGUAGUGAACUUUAUGAAGAAGCUUUUGCAAUUUUCAAGAAAUUUGAUGUUAACACAUCUGCCAUUCAGGUACAGUCUGAUUCUAUGUGAAAGCCUCAUUUAUACAGUUAGCUUGUUAUUAUAACCAAUUUGAUUUUUUUCUGACAGAAUCACAAAAGUUUUCGUCAAAGAAAAUGCAUUAAUGCAGCCAGUGGCCCCAUUCUGACACCCCAAUAUGUAAUGGGGGCGAUCUAUGCAACCAAAAUUCCAACCGGUCUGACCGGGAAAAGUUGUCCACCUCAAAAGGUGGACCAGUUUUGUCGAAACUUUUCUGGUCGGGCUGAACCGAUCCAUUGAGUUUUGGACCGAAAUUUCUGGCAAUUUUUGAAUGGAUCACGGCUAGCAUUUCUAUACAAAUUCGCUUCACUUACGUGGCCACCCAACCAACUGGGCAUUAGACAAAAGAACUUAAAAAUUCCCUUUGGUGAUAAUUUUUAUACACUGUAAUUUGUAAUUCUCAAAGCCUUUUCUCUUGAUGAUGUAUUUGUAUUGUUGGAGAAAAUUUAUGUUGGUCACCCUUGGGAAUUAACGGGUUAAUUUGUUCAAAUUCCUAUGGCCAUUAGUGCCUUAACGGGGUUGUAUUGUUCUUUUAAAUUUUUGGGAAAUCAGUGCUUGAGCUUUAUAAUAACUUAUUACUUAGCUUUUAACAUCCAUAUAAGUCAGUGCCUUUCUUAGUUUCACCAUUCUAGGAACUGGCUUACCUGAUGUUUGGCAUAGUAACAUUAAAUUUUUAAUUUUCAUUGACUUCAGGUGUUGAUAGAAAAUGUUCAAAAUUUGGACCGUGCCUAUGAGUUUGCUGAACGAUGCAAUGAAGCAGCAGUAUGGAGUUUGUUAGCUAAAGCUCAGUUACAAAAGAACAUGGUGAAAGAAGCUAUUGAUUGCUUUAUCAAAGCCGAUGAUCCUUCUGCAUAUACUGAGGUUGUUGAAGCUGCAAACAGAGAAGGUAGAUUUAACCAAUACUUGUUGUUUCUUGCUUACUUAACUUAAUGUCUGGGAGAGUUGAGGUGAAACUAUGUAGUCAUGUCAGUAUUGUAGCGUUUGUUUCAUGUAAUUCGAGUCCAAUAUUUUUGUUUAGUUUUUCCAAUUUCUUGCCCUUCCUCACUUGGUUUGCAUCUCUAGUUUAUGUCUUUUCAGAACUACAGUGUACUGUCAAACCCUGCUAAUAUGGACACUGAGGGGACCAUUAAAAGUGUCUGUAUUAAGUGGUUAGAAUUUAGAGAAAAUGUAAAGGCCUUCAUUUCCAAGGGACAAAUCAAACUGUCCGUAAUAAUGAAGGUGUCAGCAGCAGGGUUUUUGUUAAGUUUUAAAGUAGACAGCUAUGAUGUAAAUAUAGGCGGGUUGGGAACUGACUGCUGAAGGUAAUUUCAGGGUUUCACCCUCCCACUUUACCCUAUUUACCAACAAAUUUGGCUCAAACCUCCAAGUAGCCUGUUUUUUAGCCUGCUGCCGGGACAUAAUGAGAACCCUGUGUCAGUAGAGCGGGGUUUGACUGUGUUGUCUGCUCUCAGACACACCACCCAUCCCUAUUUUAUUUGAAAGGGGUGAUGAUUGUUCACCUGUAGGUAUAGCGCCAUAUCUAAAACAUGCAUUACCUUGCUUUCUCAGGUAACUUUGAAGAUGUAGUGCGCUACCUACAGAUGGCCCAGAAGAAAUCUAGAGAUUCAUUUGUCGAAACAGAGCUCAUUUUUGCCUUUGCUAAAACUAACCGUCUUGCUGAACUGGAAGAAUUUAUUUCAGGACCUAACCAUGCUCAAAUUCAGCAGGUUUGUGUUCAUUUUUUUUGUCUCCAUUGGCAUUUCAUUUCCACUCAAGUAUAAGUUGAAAUUCCUUGGUCAAUCACUGAAUUUCGAUUUUACAUGCAUUAAAAGCAGCUCAAGUUUUUAACGAACUGAAUCUGUUUAAUGCUGAUGUCAACUGGCUGCCUGGCUCUGCUAGCCCCUUUGGUUAUUAAUUUUACUUUCAAUAUUUUCUUUGUCUUAAAUUUUUGUAGAACAAGAGUGAGUACAAGUAAUGAUUCUUGUGUAGUUGAAGAUGAAGGGAGAGUUGGGUCACUUAAUGUAGAGUGAAACUCUUUUCCUUCUAGGACUGAGUGAUGUAAUUUCACAAAAUUAAUGAUUUAUGCCUGAAUAGAAAAGAAAGAUGGUUGACUGCAUUCUAGGUUAAAGAAUCUAUUACUGACCUCUGUCUUAACAUAUUCAAGAAAAACACAUUCAGAGUGUUUGGGUCUAAAUAGGUCUUUCAUCAGAAGAUUGUGUUGGAGACUUUCAGUGUUAAAUUUCCAUUCUGGGCACUUGUAGGAUUGGAGGGGCUAAAAUUCCUCAUUCUCUACACAACAUUUUUGAAAUUUUCAAAAAGCACUUCAUGGAGCAGGAGGACAUAGACAUGUGACAAACUAGUCAAGAUACGUGUACAUUUGACGUGUAAUUUUAUACAGAAAUAAAUAGUGUCUUGUAAUAGUGAUGGACACUUAAAGUGAAUUUGUUUAUCAUUGUCACCUCAUGGUUCUCACUUCUCUCUCACAGGUUGGCGAUCGAUGCUUUGAUGAGAAAAUGUUUGAAGCAGCUAAGCUUCUGUAUAAUAACGUGUCAAAUUUUGCCAAAUUAGCUUCAACCUUAGUUAACUUAGGAGAAUACCAAGCAGCAGUGGAUAGUGCAAGAAAAGCUAACAGCACCAAGACUUGGAAAGAGGUUUGUGGAAUUAUCAAAGCUAUAAACACUUUGCAUUUGUGGUUUGUGAAAAUUUUUUACCACUUUAUGUGGAGCUUUUUGAAGAGUGUGAUACUCUACUCCUUAUGUUAGCAUGCAUUAAACUUCUUAAAAUAAAUUAUGAUAAUUUUUGUCUCUGCAUAGCAGUAAGUUACAAAAGUUGAGUUCACUCAGUAGAACUGUUGCAACUUUCAAGUUUUUGUUUAAACCGUCUUAUGUCUAUUCUUCAUUACUGAGCGAUGAGAUCGAGCGAUGAGAUCUGGAGACAGUGAUCUGCUCCAUUUUCACUUGCCUAAAGAAAUCAGCCAGUGGAUUGGGUGACCCACCCUUACAGAUGCAUGAAAAAGAAAACAAAAUAAUAUAAAAAAAAACAGACAUCCAUUUUUGACUUACCAGUAUGUUCAUGGAUGUGACUCAGAACUUCUGUCUAAUUUUUUCUUUCACAUCAACCCUUUUCUCCAGGUUUGUUUCUCCUGUGUCAGAGGAGAGGAAUUCCGCUUAGCACAAAUGUGUGGACUUCACAUUGUGGUGCACGCUGAUGAAUUAGAAGAGUUAAUCAAUUUCUACCAGAAUCAAGGCUACUUUGAAGAGCUCAUAUCCUUGAUGGAGGCUGCAUUAGGCCUGGAGCGUGCUCACAUGGGCAUGUUCACCGAGUUAGCAAUUCUGUAUUCUAAAUACAAACCUACUAAAAUGAGGGAACAUUUGGAGCUGUUUUGGUCCAGAGUUAACAUUCCUAAGGUGAGUAGUGACCGUGCUAAAGACUUCAUUAGACAUUGAAUAAUUUGGGAACUAUCUUGUGACCGUGCUCUCUAGAGGGCUAUGAAGGCCCAGAGAGCUUGCUCGCAGGAUAUUUGGGAACAAAGGCAAAUCAUUUGUCAAAAAAAUAGCAAAGAAAUCAGUUGAUUCAAUGGGAAAGCAAAAUAGCAGUGUACUUAAGCUGGUUACACUGUUGCCCUUUUUGGCGAUAGCUUUUGUAAUAAGCUCCUGAAGCAGGUUUGAUGCUUGAUGUUGUUUCACCUCGUUGUAGUCUUCGAGAGCACUUACUGUUCUUAAAAAAUUCAUUUACAAAAUCAUGUCAACUGCAUUGGAACCAUGAUAUAAGGAAUGCCUUUCUAAUGAGGACCUUGGUAGAUAUUGGGGCUCCUGUGGAUACUUCUUUUAGUUGCUAAGUAGGGGGAUGAGUAUCCUAUCAACUAAUUGGAUUGUUUCUUGGUUUUGCAAAAACCAUUGUUGGUUUGCUUUUGUGUCUAAUGUGGGUAUUGUUCAGUGUCUUUUCAGUCUUUUUUAGUACGUCAUUUGGUGACAGUCACCAAGCUUUCAACAUUCUGGGUAAAUACAACAAGCAGGCAGGAAAUCAAACAGCUAGGGGUUUGAGAUCAUAGGACAAAAUGUUGGCUUAGGGGAGGGGUAGGUGGGCAGUUUCCCAGAAACGUAUAAUGAUCUGGGAUUUCUUUUGGUGUUAUUUUUCUUCCAUUUUAGGUAGGUGAGGGUCACAUUCAUAGUAGCCGAGGGGAAUCCCUAGCCCUGCACUCCCUAAAUGAAAGCCCUGGUGAUUUCAUUUGGUGAAAGUAAUUCUUUAUUUUAAAGGUUCUUCGUGCCGCCGAGCAAGCCCACUUAUGGUCUGAAUUAGUGUUUCUGUAUGAGAAGUACGAAGAGUAUGACAAUGCUGUGCAGACCAUGAUGACUCACCCUACUGUGGCAUGGAAAGAGGCCCUAUUCAAGGAUGUCAUCUGUAAAGUGGCUAAUAUAGAAUUAUACUACAAAUCACUGCAGUUCUAUCUUGACUUCAGGCCAAUGCUAAUCAAUGAUCUCCUUAUGGUCUUGACUCCUCGCAUGGAUCAUACCCGUGCUGUAAAUUUCUUCAAGAAGGUGAGUGAACUCGGUAGUGGUGACAAUUAUGAAAUCUAAAAUUGCAACUAUAUGUUUGCCACCUCCGUUGGUUGUAAAAUAACCCGGAAGUGUUUUGGCGGGGGUUUUGCAGUCAAUACGUUCAUCUUGCAGAAAUUUUGUCUAAUUAAUGGGAAAAGGUGCUCUCUUCACUGGUUCUUGUCCUAAUUAAUGUAAAUUAAGCAUUAAUUAGCAAUUAUUGUCUGAUAUGAGGAAUUAUGCAGGUCAAGGAGGGUGUCUGACAUCUUAAGAUUCGUAUGAGUGGUUACUCUUUGUUUUGCAUUUUACAGUUGGUAGUCACCACUUUAAAAAUGAGAAAGGAACUGGCCGAGUUUACUUUCGCAAAGACUUCUGGGAUUGUCACUAGGGACAGGAAAAAAUUGACCUAUAGCUGACUGGUGCAUCCCCAGUAAAAAGUGGCGAAUAAUUGCUAUUUUAUUAGAGUAAUUAAAACGUUCUCUCUGUUGUUACACUGCCGGUUAUAAUUGCUGGUUUUGUUUCAGGUCAACCAUCUUCCGCUUGUGAAGCCUUACCUCCGUUCAGUCCAAAGUCACAACAACAAGGCCAUCAAUGAAGCUUUAAAUGAUCUUCUUAUUGAUGAAGAAGACUAUAAUGGCCUCCGUGCAUCUAUCGAUGCAUUUGACAACUUUGACAACAUUGCGCUGGCUCAACGCCUAGAGAAGCACGAGCUUAUUGAGUUCCGCCGUAUAGCUGCUUAUCUUUACAAGGGCAACAAUCGCUGGCAGCAGUCUGUGGAGCUUUGUAAGAGGGACAAGCUUUACAAGGUGGUUAUAUCUUGAUACAUUUUUAAGUGUUGCUAGAAACGUGGUCCCUACGUACCACGGUACGUGCAGAAAGGUAUAUCGUCGUUGCGAAUCGUCUCGUGUAACAUCGCCUUAAGUCCCAAGAGUGACCAACAUCAGUUUUCUCCUAUCAGUAUCAAUUACCAAAAGGAGAAUGCUUUGAUCUUUUAUCACAUUCUCUCAACUUAUUCUGUAAGAAAAUGUAUUGAAAUCAGUUUGGAGAAUUGGUAUGUGGAUAUUGGAACUUUGGCUCAUUAUACGUUUCUGGAAAACUGCCCACCUACCCAUCCCCUAUGCCAACAUUUUGCCCUAAGUGAGAAGUAAGUGUUAAUGUUGGCUUAGGGGAGGGGUAGGUGGGCAGUUUUCCAGAAACGUAUAAUGUCCGGAACGUUCCUUUUUGGUUUGAGAGAAAAGGCGGAUUGCAAGCAUUCCAGUCGGUAUGAAGGGGUUAAACUGAUCUUCUCUUUAUAGGACGCCAUGCUGUAUGCCGCUGAAUCCCGUAACUGUGCCACAGCAGAAGAUCUUAUCCACUGGUUCUUGGAAAUAGGCAACCAUGAGUGCUUUGCCGCGUGCCUGUUCAUGUGCUAUGAUCUGCUCAGCCCAGAUGUUGUGCUUGAGCUGGCAUGGAGGCACAAUCUCAUCGACUUCGCUAUGCCUUAUAUGGUGCAAGUCAUGAAAGAAUACAUUGAUAAGGUGAGAUUCCUUCUAUUGAUAUAAAUCAGUUAAAACGGCACGCAAACAACACUGCGAAAACGACACUUAGUACUGCAUGUAAGGGUCACGAGGUGUCCCUGCUAAGGGCAAAAGUCCGCCCCAAGUAUUUAGUCUUAUUUUUCUGCAGCUAUUAGUCAAACAUUUUGUUCCAACCGUUAUAACUUGGAAUGUACGUAAUUUUGAACGUGAUUUUUUCCCUAGCUAUGGAUUAAAUUUGUACUACACCAUUGCUGAUAACAAUGCAGAUAUUAGACACGCCACAAGAAUUAAUUACUCGUAAUUUUGUGAAGGAAGUAGAUCCUACUACUCCAUUAUGGCGUCCACUGCGCAACAAGGUUGAUGGAUUUAAAUGCAUAGGGAAAGAGUCAUCAAGGACGAGCGUCGGCUGUGCUAUUGUAUAGUGGUCGGUCUUUUGCCGCGUGCGCAGUAGUUCUUUUUCUUGAUUACCAACCGCUGUUUGGCAAAUGAGCCCGCGCUACUCUCCCCAACAGGCAGUCUCUUCUCGGGGAGGACUGAGAGAGCGCCGGAAAUCGAGGUUAAGUAGUUCUGUGCAUGGUUUUAUGUGGCUCAUGUUCGUGGUAGCGUGAGCUUAUAACAUUCUUUACUUUGUUUGAAAGGUGAACAAACUGGCCGUGUCAGAAGCCGAGAGAAAGGAUCAGGAAGAAAGCAAACAGGAUCAACCAAUUGUGUUCGGUAUGCAUCAGUGACAAUCAUCAAUUUUCUCUUAACAUCAAUACAUAAUCAAGGAAAAAGGUGAUGGGAAUUAUUAAAAUGAUCACUACAGGGAAAAUGCCUUGAUCUUUUAUCCAAUUCUCCCAACUAAUUGUGUAGGGAAAUGUAUGCAUAUCAGUCUGGAGAACUUGUAUGUGGAUAUUGGAUCUUCAAGGCUUAAAGUGUUAAACCAUACUUGAAGAAGAGGAGUAAAAACAUCUUCUACGAUGCUGGCCAUGGAAAAGGCCCUAAAAAGAAAAUGGAGACGAAAAACAGCAAUGUGUUAAAAUAUAGUGGGUGGAAAAUAAAGUUUCCUAAGUAUUGCGAUGGGUGUUAUAGCUAUACCGUACAUAAGCGUUCGAUUUAUUAUUUUGAGGGUUCAUAUGUUAGUAAUCAAGUCCAUAUUACUGUCGUAAGCAGUAUUGUUACAAGCCCAUCCUAACAAAUCUUUUUACUGCAGCUCCACCGAUUGUGGGUUAAAAAAGUGAAGAAUGGUCUUACUUCUAUGAGAUAGACACAGACAGAGCGAACUGUGCGCAUUACAGACGUGUCUGUAUUAGUGGUAGGGUUGUAUGAAGUGUUGUCAAGUCGAAUGAGGACACCGAAGCGACAAACCCAACUGUUCGAAUCAUAUAGGUUUCGUUAUUAUAGUGGUAGGAAUUGAGUCAUGUAUGGUAGCCUGUUCAUCAGGCUUUUCCCUGGGGAAAGGGAGAAAGAAGCGCAAGGUCUUUUCAAAUUUCCUCCCCCCUAACCCCUAAGGAAUUCGAAAUAAUGGUGUUCCAAAGGUUGUUACCCUUGGGACCAAGAGAACUUUUUCCCCUGACAGGUGUUCAUUCGCUACCUUAAAACCUGAAAAAAACUGGGCCGAGUAAACUUUCGAAAAAAACUUCUGGGACUGUUACUGGGGACAAGGAAAAAAUUGGCCAAUAGCAGAACGGCGCGACACCAGUAAAGAUCCCAGAAACAAUCGCGCGACGCAUUUUCGGCCCUAGUUUCCUUCUCGAUUCUAAAGUAGCGAAUUGUAAGAGCAACCAUUUGGAAAGGUUUUACGUGUUUCUGAAGAGGUGUUGUUUGUUUGAACUUAUUAGGUGCAGACCAGCUGAUGCUUACAGCCGGACCAAGCAUGGUGCCUAAUAUGGGCGUGGUUCCCGGCAUGCCACCCCAACAGUUCCCUCCGGGAUAUCAGAUGCAGCCGGGAUACAUGUGACUUAAUUAGAAAACAAACAAAAAAUAGUAUAAAAAAUAGCUAGGCCACAUGUUUCUGUGGCGUUUUUUUAUAUUCUCGUCGGUCAAUUCCCUGCAGUAAGUAACUUAAAAUUUUAAAUCCAAUGAACAACAGGAAUCCAUACCAUAAUAGUAUAUAGCUUGGAUCGUAGUGGUAGUUGAAUUGUUGGUCUAAAUGCCGGUGUGCUUUUAGCUUGGUUUGAUUUCCACUCAGUGCCCUUCAAACCGUUGUAAACUUACGUAUGUAUGGAAAAUAAACGCCAUUCAUAUUACAGCUAUUUUCUGUUUCUAGUCAGAGAAACCAGUUGCCAGAAGAACAGCGAACAAAGUGAUUUUCACAAAUAACAUCUUUAUAACUAUUAAAUCUGUUCUCUUUGGUCUUCUCGCUUAAUAGGGGGAUCAUA